AAUUCCUGCUUGAAAUAUAAAUCAGCAGCGUUUCGUUUGGAUCGCCCCUUUUGCUUCGGGGUAGUAAUGUAGACCUGGCUUUGUUUAGUACACCGUCGAUGCGGCAAGCUGUCAAAUCGAUACGAUACGUAUAGAGGGUCACCAAUAUUGUGCCAUGUCGACAUCAUGACAUCUCGCCGGAUUAGCGACGAUGAGAUAGCUAGAAGACAGUCAAGAUUUGAAACGUUACAGACAGAGUACCAGAUAUGUAAGAGGAAGCUUGACAGUAAGUGUGAGGCACUUCUCAUCCUCAGUAAGGAUCUUGCACAAUGUGUCAGCGAGCGAGAUCAGUUCAAGUUGAUGGCAGAGCAGCUCCGGGAGCGCUACCAAGCCCUCAAGAAACAGGUGCUUGGAAAAAUGCCUCCAUCAGACCCCAAUGACAACAACAGAUACCCCCAUGUCAAACAGCAGGACCUUGGGUUUGUGCUGGUGGAGACCAGGGAACAAAACAAGUCCCUUCAGUUUGAGGUGGAGGAUCUCCGACAGAAGCUACAUGAUGCACAAGGAGAUAUAAAGCUGCUGCGAGAACAAAUCGCUCGUCAACGUGUGGGGACGACAGAUGAGGGGAUGAACACUCGUCACUUUCCUGCCCAUGAGAGGGAGAAUCUGGUCCAGCAACUGGAGGCAUCCAGGGAUGAGUAUACCCAGCUAGAACGUGACUUACAACAGGUCAUAGAUGAGAAGGAGGAAUUGGUCACUGAGAGAGAUGUCUACAAGACUAAAUAUGAACGCCUCAAUACAGAGCUCAAUUACAUCCUGAAGGGCGAUGAGAAACGUGUAGUCGACUUAGAUGCACUCAUCAUGGAAAACAGAUAUCUCCAAGAGCGUCUGAAACAAAUGGAAGAGGAGAAAUCUAUGGCUAUGGCAACAGCUUCAAAAUACAAGAGUUUACUUGAGAGGAAGAAAGCCAGGACAGGAAUGAUGAAGCUUAGCCAAAGUCGUGGAGGUGGACUGGUCAUCUCCCAUAAACAAGUGAGUCAGGUACUAGGAGACAAUAUGGGUGUACCCCCCACAGCUCAGGCCAUGGCUGACCUACAAGCACUAGCGGGGGCAUUGCUGGACACAGUCAAUGACAAGAAUAUGGCACUGUCCCACCAACGCAAGACCAACAAAAUAUUAGGAAACAGAGUAUCAGAGUUGGAAAAGAAAAUAAAGACCCUUGAGGUAGCAGGGCUGUGGAAUGUUACAGCCAACAUGCCAAGCCUGGAGCGCCUAAAGGCUGAAUGUGAAGAGGUGAAGACCCUGGUGCCACAGUGCAGUGAGGAAAUCCCUGAUGGUGACAUUGCACUUGAUCUGGAGGCCACAAAACAGGAGCUUGCUGACCUAAAAACCAGUAAACAGGAGCUAGCUGAUCUGGAGGCCGAGUUCUGUACCCCUACUAGUAGUGCCGACACCAGUCCCACACACAGUGCCAGUAGUAACCCAACUCUGGAGAACGACAAUGCUAUGAGCUACCUAAACACCCUUGACAUGUCCCCAACUCACAGGGCUGGCAUCACCCCCAGGACUGUACACCGAGCAGAGAUCCAGGACCAUCACAGUCAGACAAUACCCCUUCCCGACCCCCACAGGAGCACCAUGUCCGACGCUGACUAUACAUAUGCCAUGGAGGACCUUGACCUCCUGCCCAUCAAGGAAGAGCUGGUCAAAUGUGUUAAUGAUGAGGAAGAUAUCCACCCUGUGAAGGACACAUGCGGUGUUGAGGUUUUCAGUGAAGAUUUAGAAGAUGAAAAUGAUAGUUUGGCCUUACCUGAUAAUAAAACAAGUCGACCUAUAGAAGUAGACGAGGAAACUGCUAAUCAUCUGAGUUCUCUGAUGGAAAACAUGACAUCUAAAAUGGUGGAGAGUUCAAAACAGGCUAAAAACAAAGGUCAUGGCAGGUCAGAAAACGAUGCUGGUGACUCGGACUCUGAGAUAUGUAUUCAGUCAGGAGCUGAUUACAGUGUGAGUGAGAGUCAAUCCUCUACACCGAGUUGUGAUGAUCCUCUACUCUCUGGUAGCGAACAGACAAUACAGGACAACCCUGUGGAUAUAGAGGUGUGAGGUACAUCGUCGGUGGACACAGAGUUAUUUAAUUUACAGUGGACAUGAAUUCCAGUAAGGUGUAUUUAAGAAGUUUUUAAUUUCAUUGUUCUAAAAACCACACUCAUAUCGUGAAAUCCAUUAUCUGAUGUACAGUGGACAUGAAUUUUAAUAAGACAUAUCAAAAGUUUAAAUUUUAUUGUUCUAAAACAAUGCUUACAUCAUGAAAUCCGUUAGUAAACCUACAUGUUACUUACUUUAAGUUCUUCCAAUGCAAGAAAUGGCAGUGUGUUCAGAUACACUUUGGACCUCAGGGGUAACUGAGUCUCGUAUUCUAAUCAGCUGUAUUCAUUGUUUGUAUGUCCUUGUCCUAAACAUUCCCUAAUACAAUCAGGCAAUAAGAGCACUGUCAGACCCAAGUGGUGGCGGAGAGCACUGUCAGACCCAAGUGGUGGCGGAGAUCACUGUCAGACCCAAGUGGUGGUGGAGAGCACUGUCAGACGCAAGUGGUGGUGGAGAUCACUGUCAGACCCAAGUGGUGGUGGGGAGCACUGUCAGACCCAAGUGGUGGCGGAGAGCACUGUCAGACCCAAGUGGUGGCGGAGAGCACUGUCAGACCCAAGUGGUGGUGGAGAUCACUGGCAGACCCAAGUGGUGGCAGAGAGCACUGUCAGAUCCAAGUGGUGGUGGAGAGCACUGUCAGACCCAAGUGGGGGUGGAGAGCACUGUCAGACCCAAGUGGUGGAGGAGAUCACUGUCAGACCCAAGUGGUGGCAGAGAUCACUGUCCGACCCAAGUGGUGGUGGAGAUCACUGUCAGACCCAAGUGGUCGUGGAGAGCACUGUCAGACCCAAGUGGUGGUGGAGAGCGCUGUCAGACCCAAGUGGUGGCGGAGA